AUGAGCGGAUCGAUUCCCGACGAGUUUGACAUUAUUGUCUGUGGCGGUGGCAGUUGCGGCUGCGUCGUUGCCGGACGACUUGCCAACUUGGAUCACAACCUCAAGGUCCUUCUCAUUGAAAAUGGUGAAAGCAACCUGAACAACCCAUGGGUCUUCCGGCCAGGUAUCUACCCUCGGAACAUGAAGCUGGACUCGAAAACAGCAACCUUCUACGAGUCCAGGCCCUCAAAGCACCUUUCCGGUCGAUCCGCCAUUGUGCCGUGUGCCAACAUUUUGGGUGGUGGUUCUUCGAUUAACUUCAUGAUGUACACCCGGGCUUCAGCUUCGGACUAUGAUGACUUUCAGGCCAAGGGAUGGUCUACCAAGGAGCUGCUACCCCUAAUGAAGAAGCACGAAACAUAUCAGCGAGCUUCUCACAACCGGGACAUUCAUGGUUUCGACGGGCCCAUCAAAGUUUCAUUCGGCAACUACACCUACCCGAUCAAGGAUGACUUCCUUCGGGCUGCCUCAUCCCAGGGAAUCCCUGUGGUAGAUGAUCUUCAAGAUCUGACCACUGGCCAUGGAGCUGAACACUGGCUUAAGUGGAUCAACCGCGAUACCGGCCGUCGCAGUGAUAGUGCCCACGCGUACAUACACGCAACUCGAGCCAAGCACUCCAAUCUCUAUCUUGCCUGCAACACUAAGGUUGACAAGGUCAUCAUUGAGAAUGGCCGAGCCGUUGCCGUUCAAACGGUACCGAGCAAGCCGCUUGACCCAAGUGAGCUUAAAGGACGCACAUUCAGGGCCCGCAAGCAGAUUGUUGUGUCUGGCGGAACUCUUUCGUCUCCCCUCAUCCUUCAGCGCUCCGGCGUCGGUGACCCCGAGAAGCUCCGACGCGCUGGCGUCGAGCCCAUAGUUGAUCUCCCCGGUGUUGGUCUCAACUUCCAGGACCACUACCUGACCUUCUCGACCUAUCGCGCGAAGCCUGGCACCGAGAGUUUUGACGACUUUGUUCGUGGAGACCCUGAGGUUCAGAAGCGCGUCUUCGACGAAUGGAACAUCAAAGGUACUGGUCCCCUGGCCACCAAUGGCAUCGAAGCCGGCGUCAAGAUUCGCCCAACCCCCGAAGAACUACGGGAGUUUGAGCGUUGGCCAACCCCACACUUCAAGGACGGCUGGAAAUCAUACUUUGAGAACAAGCCUGACAAGCCCGUGAUGCACUACUCGGUCAUUGCCGGCUGGUUUGGAGACCAUAUGGUCAUGCCCCCCGGUAACUUCUUCACCAUGUUCCAUUUCCUUGAGUACCCCUUCUCGCGUGGAUCCACGCACAUUGUCUCGCCCAACCCGUACGACUCGCCCGACUUUGACGCCGGGUUCAUGAAUGACGAGCGCGACAUGGUUCCCAUGGUAUGGGGCUACAUAAAGUCGCGCGAGACGGCCCGCCGCAUGGACGCCUACGCCGGCGAGGUCGCCAACAUGCACCCAUUCUUCUCGUACGACUCAGACGCUUGCGCUAGAGACCUUAACCUCCCAGACACCAAUAAGUACGCCCUGCCCGGGAACCUCAGCGCGGGUAUUCAGCACGGCAGCUGGACGCAGCCGCUCAACGAGGCAGACAGGAAGGCCGAUCUCAAGAAGACCUUGUCUGCUCACUGUGUCGAUGUCCGUGAGCCACUCAAGUAUAGCAACGAAGACAUCAAAGCCGUCGAGGAAUGGGUUAAGCGUCACGUCGAGACCACCUGGCACAGCCUUGGGACCUGCUCUAUGGCUCCCAAGGAGGGCAACAGUAUUGUCAAACACGGCGUAUUGGACGAGCGUCUGAAUGUGCACGGCGUUAAGGGUCUUAAGGUCGCUGACCUUUCCAUCUGCCCCGAUAACGUCGGCUGCAACACAUACUCGACCGCCUUGCUCAUUGGCGAAAAGGCUGCCAUUCUCGUCGCCGAGGACCUCGGAUACUCUGGGGAAGCCCUCGAGAUGAAAGUGCCUACGUACCACGCCCCGGGAGAAUUUGUGCUUCACUCGCGUCUUUGA